AUGGUCGAGCGCCGCAAGUUGACCGAACCAGACUGUGACAACCACCGGGCGCGGCGACACACGCGCCCUCAACUCACGAUUGCACCAAUGGAGCACAAUCACUUCGCCCUGAGCUUCAUCUUCCGUCAGCUUCUCGUCAACACUCAGGCUUUCGAGAGAAGGAUAUUCGACUUCAUAAGCUGCAAGUGCCUCAAGUUGCAGCUGCUUUUGAAGAGCCUUUCCGUCUUCGCCAUGUCGUCUCCCGAAUCCACACAGUCGCCGUCGGCGGACAUGGACCAAGACGACAAGCCGCGUGUACUCGUCGACGGUCCUGGAGGUGCCGAAACCAAGCAGGGCGCCAAGAUUGCUUGCCUCGAGUGCAGAUCGGCCAAGAUCAAGUGCUCUGCGCCCACCGACGGCCAGGUCCCAUGCAAGCGCUGCGUCAAGCAUCAGAAAGAGUGUCUUUUCGAGAAGCACAAACGCGGUCGAAAGCCAAAUAAGCGCUUCUCGGUGCCGUCGGACCUGCGAGCAGCGGCACGUCGCAGCAGCGAGGGCACGUCGUUUGAGCAUUCCACUCGUCCAACCUCGUCCGGCGGCCGAUCCGAUUCGCAUCACACCAUGUCGCAUCACAACAACGAGCAGCGCCAGCGCAACUCUCGCAAUGGUCGCGGCACUCCCGACAGAGCUCCGCACACGCACCAGUCCACUUUUGGCUCGAACCAAGGAAGCGCCGCCAGUCGUCAACACUUCGGAGAUGCCAGUUGGAAGCAAGGCAGCAGCUUCGGCCCGCCCGCACAAAGCAGAGGUUUGCAAGCGUCGCACUAUCCUGACGACCGCUUGCAUAGCACGGCCGACAAAUACCCUAAUGGUGGCAUGUCGACGUCCAUGUCGGCGCCUUCCACUCUCGCUCAGUCGAGCAUGCCGUAUGGCUACCCGCAGUCGAUGCAUCAUGCACCACCGCUCCAUCCGCAACCGCAUUCACAUCAGGCUCAGCAUCACCAACAUCAACAUCAGUUGUCGCAUCAACAUCAGCACUCGCAUCAGCAGCACCAGCACCAACAUCAGCAUCAGCCAUCACAACCACCGUCCUCGUAUCCGCAAGGACGUCACAGCUCCGAUCAUCCCAGUCCUGGACGCUGGCGCGAUCAUCCGCAGUCUCAGGCUGUCUCCUCCCCACACAGCUCUCAUUCUGCCGCCGCUGCUGCCAAACAACACGAUGGCUUUGCUCAUGCACACAAUCGACCUUAUCCACACAACGCCCCAGCGCCGAGCCACAGCUACGCACACUGGGACAGUCAGCUCGGGUCCGAGAGAAAUCAUAAAGCCAAAUUGGAACUCUCUCCUUCAAGGCGUACAGACACUUCUGCACUACAGGGUCAGCAGCAGCACAAAGCGAGCAACUCGAUCUCACACUACGCCACUCAUACUGACAACACCAAGACGCAGAAGCUCCAAUCCUCAAACAGUCAGCGCAGCUCAUCCAAAGGCCGAAUCCAGCGUCGUGAUGCGCCGCCGUCCUCACAACACCAGCAUUCUUCAAGUCGAAGCGGAGCAUACGACCACGAAGCGGAAGAAGAUUUCGAGGACGAGCAGGAUGAGCUCGAGGAUGAUGCCGACGCCACUCGCGAGGAGCACGACUACGUGCUUUCCAACCCGCUCAAGUUGCUGGCUCAGGCCUCUGAUGCAGCUGCUGCCCGCAUCGAAGGCGGGCGCGUCGAGCCUGGCAGCCGAAGUUCUUUGGCGGCGGUCGAAACCAUGGGUUUCCUUCAGCCCACUUUGCCUUCCAACCGUAUGGCUGUGAGCGCUGCAGUCAACUUGACUGGCCUCGGUCGUCCUCUCUACGGACGAAGGGAGGACGACCUUGCACGUGCGCAGCGCGGCUGGCCCUCAAGCCGCGUGCUUCCUCCCCUGCUCAAUCCGAACCGAGCAGCACUUCCGAGCGACGAGGCAAGUCCCGAUGCUUCCACUCGUAGUCAGCCAGCAUUCCUCAAGGACACCAUGCGUUCCAAGUCGUUUCCAGAAGGCGAGCUUCCGAGACUGGACCCUCCCACUUCUCUGGACGAGCAAGAAUCUGGUGCCUUUGCGGCUGCUGCUUCCAGCAGCAGUCAGGCGUCUGCGGCAAAGGUCACGUUAGGCGCAACUCUUGGCCGACCCAACGUCCUCACUCCUUCCACUCUGGAUCACGAAGCUUGGGAGUACCGCGAAGGCAAAGCACAAGCGCGUCGCGGAUACGGAUCUAGUCCUGGAGGUGUUAGCGGCGAUGCUGUCACUACAGGCAGCAGCGUCUCCGCUGGUGCGACCACGGGCCAAAAGCAGGGCGCUGUUUCCGCCAUGAAUGGAGCUUCACCCGGCGAGAUGAUCGAGUCUCCCGCCGACGAGGUCACGACAGCCAUGCUGGGUAAACGCAAGCGAGGGCGCUCCCGUGCGGCCCGCGGUGGAGGCCUCCCUACCCGUCGCAGGAGGCUUGCUGAAUGGGACACAGAUGCAGAGAACGGCGACGGUGUAGAUGAGGAAGGCAUACCGGACACCGCCAAGGGCAAGCAGGUGACUAUCGUGACCAUCGCACCACGCAAGGAUGCUGGCGGCGUCACUUCCGGCGGCGAAGGCGAAGCUGGUGCCUCCCGCAAAGGCUACUUCAAUUUGAGCUUGUUCCACAGCAAGAACGACGAUACAGAAGGCUUGGACCCCGUCGAGCUUGGCUUGGUCGAGCUGAAAGAGCUCGAGAGGCUCUUCGACGUCUUCUUUGCACGCAUCAACCCGGUGCUGGAUCUCUUCGACCCUUUCCUUCACAGUGUCGCGUUCGUACGUAUGCGCUCGGCUUUCCUCACAACUGUAAUUUCGGCCAUGGCUGCUCGCUUCUCAGAUACACCGCAAGAUGCGAAACUUGCCUCGACACUAGACAGGCACUGGCAAGAGAAGCUCCUCCCGAUGAUCUUGCUCGGCGGCCACAAGAGCGUGGAGAUUAGUCAAGCUUUUUUGAUCUUGACCACAUACAGUCGCCCAACGAACCGCCUCGUCGACGAUCGCUCCUGGCAAUACCUCGGGUUCGCGAUCCGCACAGCCACCGAGGUCGGUGUGAAUCGCAAGGUCACCCCUAGCGAAAAUCUGCUCGGCAACGAGCAGGUGGCUCGCCGCGUUCGCAACCGCGAGAGGCUCUGGUACAACCUCUUCCUUUACGACCGAACGUUGAGCGCUCAGACCGGUCGACCAUGGACUAUAUCAGAAGACCGAAUGAUCGUGCAGAGCUCCAUGUGGCAUCGACAGGACUUUGCGCUGCCUGAGGACGUCUCGCUGGUCAGCUUGAUUAAGCUGCGUCGCAUCACGGCUCAACACACCGAGGCCUUCGACACGUACCUGACAAGCCCGGAUCGCUUCGAUGAGACGCAAACGGCAACAGCCCUGGGCGUUGGUGGCCAGAGCAUGUUCGAUCGCCGCCUCGCAGGUCUCGAAUUCUUUCGCAAGAAUGCCAACGCCGACCUGGAAAAGUGGAAGGAGACUUGGUGCAUCAACACGGAGGAUAAGAUCAAAGAGGUCGACACGAGCGCGGCAGCCGGCAAAUAUCUAGUUCGAUGGGCGCCCACCGCCAAGCUCUUUUACUACCAUUCACGCCUUUUGAUCAACUCGCUGGUCCUCGGUUCUACGGAACAGUACGAAGGCUUCCUUUCUGGAUCCUCCGUGUCUGUCGAUUGCUGGACGUCUGCCAUCUCGCUCAUCGACACAGUGCUCAACGAUUUCACCGAGGAAUCUCUGGUGACGUGGUCCAACGAUCGAGUGGUGAUGGCGGUUUAUGCUGCUGUAUCCGCCGUGCGCAUGACCAACAUGCAGCACAAAUACGCUUUCGCCGACAAGGAAACGCUACUUGCGCUCGUCCGCCGUCUCGCGACCAGCAUGACGAAUGCAGGCAAGACGCCGCGACACCGCAACGGCUCUGCCACGCCCUACGGCCGUUACCUCAAGUCUGUUUUGGCUGCGUUUGAACCCGAGAAUUCGGUUUCUGCUGCUGCAGCGACGACGCAGAGUGGAUCGAGUGCGACAGCGCAAACGCCGGGCAAGGACAGCGAGCAGGCGACGUCGGUGACCACCAGCAGCCUUGCGCCCGGCGAUAGUCGAUCUGCUGCUGCUACUCCGACAGCCGCCAUGGUCGUAGCAGCGCCUCCUGUCGCCGUUGCGGAGGGUCUAUCUCAGGGCACCUUGGACGAACACGGAGCGAAGAAAGACGACGGAGCAGGUGGAGUCAGUUCGCAAGAUGACUCGGUCGCAGGUGCCACAGUGGAAGAAGGCGUCAGCGGCACGGUCGAGGAUGGAAACGGUGCAAACGCCGUCUUGAAAACGGAAGGUUCGGCCGGUGGAGGCGACGUGGCUAGCUCUUUGGCUCAGGUUCCGUUGAUUGUGGCUGAUGGCGACAGCAUGGACAUCGAUAUUUCGGCCGCUGCGUCUCAACUGGCAGCUGCGGAAACCAGCUUUGACGCUCCGAGCAGCAUGGAGAAGCUGCUCACUGAGAUGCCGAUCGACGGCACUGUGGCGGUCACCAAUGCUGGCGGCAUGCUCACUCCGGUCGGUGGAACGAGCGCAAACAACGUCGCUUGGCCUGUCGACAUAUCUAGGCCAGCUUCAUCGGCCCAGUCGUCCUCGGUAGGCGGUGCCGAUGGCACGAAUCUACUCGUUGCGCCAGCGUCGAAUCUCUUGCUCUCUACAUCCCUCUCACCCACAGCCCUGGGAGCGAGCGAGGCUACGUCUGCAGAGGCUGGAGUCGAUGCGGUGGCGGCCGCCGUUGCUGCAGCUGGUAUGCCCGACGUGGUGGACGAUCCCGAGUCGCUGGAACGCAUGUGGAACUACAUGACGUCCUUCGAGCACACGUCGUUCUGGCAGCCUCAGAGCACGUGGAAUUCGUCGGGGCUGGGAAGCAACGGUGGCGGGCAGGGUCACGCGGGUGGGAACGGUCCGUGA